GGGCUUCUCCUUUUUCUUCUCUUCUCUUCUCUUCUUUCUUAUUCUAGCAUCUCCACUUACUUCCGCCUUUCGUUCUCCUUCCUUCCAUACUCGCUUCUUCCGCUCAGAUCUCCGGCUUUCGAUCUGAUUUUGAUUCUGGAAAGCCAUGCCUUUAAUUGUUCCUUUUCUAUGAGCUCGUUCUUUUGAUGGAUUUCUCAAAUUGAGCUGCGGAAGUAGAAACCUGCUGCUGAGUUCUGAGAAGCUGAUUCAAAGCCAUGUUUUCGCUGGAAUUGGAUGCCAGUCAUGGUGAUUAGGACCUUGUCUUGAAGUUUCUACAACUCGGAGAACAUCGACGCUGAUGAAGCAGUCAUGGAUUUGAGUCAUAUCAGCAGCUCCAAUCUCAUCGACGCCAAGCUCGAAGAGCACCGGAUGUGUGGAGCCAGCCAGUGUCCAAGCUGUGGCCACAGAUUAGAUCGCAAGCCGGACUGGGUUGGGCUACCAGCAGGAGUCAAGUUCGAUCCAACUGACCAGGAAUUGAUAGAGCAUCUGGAAGCCAAGGUCGAAGCAGCAGGACUGAAGUCCCACCCUCUGAUAGAUGAGUUCAUACCCACAAUUGAAGGCGAAGAUGGCAUCUGCUACACUCAUCCUGAGAAACUUCCAGGUGUGACGAAGGAUGGCCUCAGCAAGCACUUCUUCCACAGGCCAUCCAAGGCUUACACCACCGGCACGAGGAAGAGAAGGAAGAUACAGACGGAGUGCGACCUCCAAAGGGGCGAGACCAGGUGGCACAAGACAGGCAAGACGAGGCCGGUGAUGGUGAACGGGAAGCAGAAGGGGUGCAAGAAGAUACUGGUCCUGUACACAAACUUCGGGAAGAACAGGAAGCCGGAGAAGACCAACUGGGUGAUGCACCAGUACCACCUGGGGGAGUUGGAGGAAGAGAAGGAAGGUGAGCUUGUGGUGUCCAAAAUAUUCUACCAGACACAGCCAAGGCAGUGCCAUUGGUCGGAUAAGAAUGCAGCAGCUGCAGCGACCGUGGAAGGGAUGGACCAGAGGAGGGACAGCGGGAGCGGGAGCUGCUCCUCCAAGGAGGUCAUCGGCCAGAGAGACGAGAUCUCUUCUGGGCCUGUCAUCUCAGGGUACGGCGGCAUGGAGAUGCGCCACCACCACCAUCUCAAGCCCGAUAACUUCAGCUUUUCUCCCUUCAGGAAAAGCUUUGAGGAGCAGGCCAGCUUGGGAGAAGCUGCAGCCAAGAGAGGAGAGCAUGAGCACCAUCAGAUAAUCCAGGAACAGCAGCAGCAGCAAAGCCAUGGCGACAGGAGCAUGGCCUUGCACAUUACGAGGCCUACAAACCUCAUGUCUACCUUUGUCUCUCCUCCUCCGAUCCAGCAGACGUCGAUCGUUCUUGAUGACCCCUAUCAUGUCUCUGUUCUUCAGGCUGACAAGUAUCAGCAGCAGCAACAACAACAGAAGCUGGAUCACAGAUCUACUUCUGGCCUGGAAGAAUUGAUAAUGGGUUGCACUUCAUCAGGCACAAAAGGAGAAGCACUAAUUCCACAGACCCAAGAGACAGAAUGGCAGUACUCAUACUGGUCACCUGACAACCGAGAUCAUCAUGGGUAAUAACAAAGGGGAGGAAAAACCAAGAAAGAAAGGUAACAGAACAUCAUCAUCAUUAUCAUCAGUACAUAUACUUAUGACGAAGUUACUCCAAGGAGCAGAAACUGGUGUGGGAAAAAAAGAACUGAGAAAAGAAAGAAAAGCAAACGUGUCCCCCCUCCCCCUCCCC